AUGGCAAAGGGAAAGAACAAGCAGGGGAGCGAGGGGCAUCCUGUUGCUAAGAACGCGCCGACACAAACGAACGUGGAAGGGCCUGCCAUGGGACCCGCCGACUCAAGGGACAAUCCGGGCCCGGAGGCGGAGGCUCAAGCGGCCAAGAGCUCGCUUCAGGACAAGGCGACCGACAAGACGACGACCUCGCCGCCGUCGUCGCCCUCGCGCUUUUCGCUGCGCAUGUCGGCCAUAUGGUGGCGUUCGCUACAGUAUGUUGGCAUGGCAUUGCACUGUAUGGCACCCCCCCGGCCGCCUUCACCCAACUUCACGCGGACCGUCACGUCGACGCUGUCCAAGCAGCACAAAGGCGGCACGUUCACUCUGCAAUUUUACACCCCAAAAGCAUACGGUCAACGUGCAGAAAAUGGCCAGAGCGCAGGGCCUUUUCCGACCGUUGUCAACUUCCACGGCGGCGGAUUCGUGCUGGGCGCCGGAACCGACGACGCGCGUUUUGCGCGCCACGUGAUGCAGACCGCCGGUGCCAUCUUCGUGUCGGUAGAGUACCGCCUGGCGCCUGAGCACGCGUUCCCCACGGCGGUGGAGGAUGGGGCGGACGCGUUGUUGUACCUGAUCCGGAACGCGGCGUCCCUGCGAAUCGACCCAGAGCGGCUGGCCACGUCGGGCUUCUCGGCCGGGGGCAACCUUUGCUUGACGUCGCUGCUCCGCCUGGGUGCGUACAAAGAGGAGGUGGCCGACGCAGCAUCCUCCUCCCCGCUGCCGGCGCACAAUGUCGUGGCAACGGCCACGUGGUAUCCGGCGGUCGACUACAAGCUGAGCCGCGCCGAGCGUCGUGCCACCUGCACGCGGCCGGACCAGGCGCUGCCGUCGAAUCUGACGGACCUCUUUGACGCAUCCUACCUCUACCCACCAGACCUCGACCUCUCGGACCCGCACCUCUCGCCGUCCCAAGCGUCCGACGAGCGCCUGGCGCGCGACCUGCCGCCCUGCAUCCUGUUCUACACGUGCGAGUGGGACAUGCUCCUCCGCGAAGGCGAGCAUCUGGCCAGGCGCCUCGGCCGCGAGCCGAUCGGCAAGGACGUGUACUACAAGAUGAUUCCAGCCGUGCCGCACGGCUGGGACAAGAGCCCGAAUCCCCUGACGCCGGCAGAGGGGUCCGAGGAGCUGUACCUGGAUUGUUGUGAGAGGCUCAAGGCCGUCUUUGCGGAGAAUACAACCCUGGCGCAAUAG